GAGUUCAACAAUAUUUUUUUUUUUUUCAAAUUAUUUUUGUGAAUUGGUUUUUGAAAUCCGUUGACUAAUUUAGCAAUUUAUUUUAUCUAAAUGAUACCAAUUAGCCCAAGAGCCUAAACAAAUGGAAGAACAUUGGGCACACCUGGUUUUAUUUUAAGGAAAUUUGAGAUUAAAAACAGACGAAAAAAAAUGAAAAGAAAAAAUGGAUUUUUUUCUUCGAUAAAACAAAAAAAAAAGGCAGAGAUAUAGAGAUAUUUAGUCAAAGAUGCACCACCCAAUGUAUACAAAACGAUCUCGGCAAAGCAAACUCAUUAAAUAAUCAUAUAACGAAUAGGAGAAGAAAACAAAAACAAAAACCAUCUCAAGUUGAUGUGCGCCAUAUUAAAUGAAAUUUGUCUGUUUAAUUCGUUUCUUCAAAGAAAAAUGAUACUAUAUCUAUAAAAUAAAUAAUAAUCUAAAGAUGACGAGAGAAAGAGAGAAAAAUUGAAAAAUAUUAACAUUAGAAAUUGUGCCGAUUACAUUUACAAUUGAAGUGUCUGUUGAAAAUUGUAGCUUUGUUUUUUUUUCCGCUAUGGAAAUGAAUAAAUUUUCUAUAUUUUACGCUAAGAAGACAAAACACACACACACCUACACUAAUACAAUAUAUAAAUGAACAAUUAGACAGAUACACACACACACACACUACAGCCAGAUUGAGAAAAAAAAACGAUAAUAUAAAAUGAAAAGAGGCCUCACUCAAAAGUGUACUUUAACUUUGAUAUUAUAAACAAAUUGCCUUGCGCUACUGCUUUGUUGUCUUUUACUAGUGUUUAGUGGCCUUCACAGAACAGAAACUUAGUAUUUUGAAUAAAAACGAACAAAAGUGGUCUUAUCUUACUCCAAAAAAAAAAAAUUGAAGAAAAAAUGAAAUACGCCUAUAAAAUAAACAAGUCUAUAGUUUUUUUUAGCCAUUCAAUUUGCUUCAGUAUCGCCUUAUAACACACAUUGCUGGAACAGUCAAUACCAAUUAUAAUUAUAAUGACAAGAUUUUUCUUUGUUAAAAAAAAACAAAUAGCUGAAAUGUCAAACAAAUUUCAAUCUUUUAAAUUAUAAAUAUUUUUUUUUGCUACCCAAGUGCAGAUUUUCUAGACCAUUUUCCAGGAAUUAACAAAAAAUAAUAAAGAAUUACAUUUAUUGAACUUUUUUUUUUUCUUGUUCGGCAACACUUUGAUGACAUAGAUACAUUUAAAAGAUACGCAUUAGAAUAAAUCGCAUAUUUGCUUCCGCUUGACGUGUUCUAGAUUGUAGUGCAUUUUCCCAAAAUUCAGUGUGUGGCUUAUUUAAUAUAUUUGUGGACAAAAUGUAAUAUUUGUUCGAUUUAGAUUCAGAAUUAAUGUGAAUGCAACGUUUUCUUUUGUCGUUUGGUUCGGAGUAAUAAGCAUAAAAAAAAGAACCCUCUUUUAUUGUAAAGAAAUAAUUUAAACUCUUCUUCUUUUCGAUAUACUAUAAAAUAAUAUAGGGAUUUUUUUUGGCCAUAAGAACCAUUUUCUAGUUGAAUGAAAUCUGACAUAAAAUUCUCGUGCUGUUUGAGCUCAACAUUCAAACAGAUCCAAUCUUUCUUUUUUUUUCCUCUUUUCGAAUAAAAAGUCAAAUAAAUCACAAAAAGUGUAAAGUCUGAAAAUUCGGUGCUUUAUUUUCCUUGUAUAUUUUCUUUGGCAAAGUUUCAAUUUAAUUUCUGUAAUAAACCGUGGCAAUAUUCCAUGUCAAAAUCACAUCAUCAUUGAAAUGUGAAAAGCAACAGCAUUUCAAAUAAGAAUCAUUCACUGUGGAAUGGAUGCGUUCAAUGCUCAGUCUGCUAAGGAAUAUGCCAAAAUAACUGUCAGUUGAAUGGUGUGUGGUGACAGCUCAACACUAUUAAUAUUGUUGUAAGUGCCGACAAUACACGUUUUUCUCUGCUCAUAUUUCAUCAUCUCAUUGCAGUGAAUGAACCGAUUGAAAACUAAAAAGUAGGUUAUAAACAUACAUGUAACAAUGGCACCAAGCCCGGUUGAAGCGAAUGUGCAAAGCGGUGUUGCAAAAUUGAGCACAGAGAAAGGCUCAUUUGAUGAAGAAUUGUAUCGUGUUCCAGAGACGAUCAGUUUUCCCGACGAAGAAGAGAAGACAUUGAAAUUCUGGGGCGAUAACAAGGUGUUUGAAAAAUGUCUGCAGCAAUCGAAAGGAAAACCAAACUACACUUUCUACGAUGGACCGCCUUUCGCUACGGGAUUACCUCAUUAUGGUCACAUUUUGGCCGGAACAAUCAAAGAUGUAGUAACACGUUAUGCACACCAACAAGGCUAUCAUGUUGAGCGUCGCUUCGGUUGGGAUUGUCAUGGUCUACCUGUCGAAUAUGAAAUCGAUAAAACACUCAACAUCCGCGGGCCGGAAGAUGUUGCCAAAAUGGGCAUUGCCGCGUACAACAACGAGUGCCGAAAAAUUGUCAUGCGUUACGCCAACGAAUGGGAACAGAUUGUGAAUCGAAUGGGGCGAUGGAUUGAUUUUCGUAACGAUUACAAAACGCUGUAUCCAUGGUUUAUGGAGUCCAUUUGGUGGGUAUUCCGUCAGCUGUUCGCCAAAGGUUUAGUGUACCAAGGAGUGAAAGUGAUGCCGUAUUCAACUGCCUGUACCACUGCUCUGUCAAACUUCGAAAGUGGUCAAAACUACAAAGAAGUCGUUGAUCCAUUCGUUGUUGUUGGCUUUCCAUUGCUAGGACCUCAGUUCAAAGGUGUACAAAUGUUGGCUUGGACAACCACUCCAUGGACAUUGCCAUCGAAUUUAUCGCUUUGUGUCAACCCCGAAAUGGUGUAUCUUCACAUUAAAGAAACGGCAACCGGUGCCGAAUACAUUCUAUCCGAAUCGCGAAUUGAGAGUGUAUUCAAAGAUGCUGGCAAAUACGAAAUCGUAGAAAAAUUCAAUGGUAAAAAGCUUGACGGAUUAAAAUACGAACCAUUAUUCGAUUACUUUACUGCAUAUUCAAAGAAAAUGAAUGCUCAUCGUGUGUUGUGUGAUGGAUACGUCACAGAAGAUUCCGGUACUGGUGUCGUUCAUCAAGCGCCAUAUUUCGGUGAAGACGAUUAUCGUGUUUGCUUGGUAAAUGGCAUCAUUCAAAAAGACAGCGAAAUCAUUUGUCCCGUCGAUGAAUCCGGCCGUUUUGUCGACCCAGUGUCACACUUCCUGGGCCAAUACGUUAAGGAUGCCGAUAAAAAUAUCAUUGCUCAUUUGAAAGCCAACGGUCGUUUGAUUCAAAGUGGCCAAGUUAAGCAUUCGUAUCCAUACUGCUGGCGUUCAGACACACCACUCAUCUACAAGGCCGUUCCAUCGUGGUUCAUUCGCGUCGAGCAAAUGUCACAGCAACUGUUGCAAUGCUCAUCGCAAACGUAUUGGGUGCCCGAUUUUGUUAAAGAGAAACGAUUCGGCAACUGGUUGCGCGACGCACGUGAUUGGGCCGUGUCCCGUAAUCGGUACUGGGGCACACCAAUUCCGAUUUGGAUGUCACCCGAUGGCGAAGAAAUCGUAUGCAUCGGAAGCAUUGCCGAGUUGCAACAGUACACUAAAACUUCAAUUACUGACUUGCAUCGUGAAUCAAUCGAUGACAUUGUUAUUCCGUCAAAACGACCGGGCCAACCGCCUCUUCGUCGUAUUCCACAGGUGUUUGACUGUUGGUUCGAAUCGGGUUCUAUGCCUUUCGCACAGCAACACUAUCCAUUCGAAAAUGAGCAGGAAUUCAAAAAUUGCUUUCCAGCCGACUUCAUCGCUGAAGGUAUCGAUCAGACACGUGGUUGGUUCUACACAUUGCUUGUUAUUUCAACGGCUCUCUUCAAUACGGCGCCAUUCAAAAAUCUAAUUGCCAACGGUUUGGUAUUGGCUGCUGAUGGCCAAAAGAUGUCGAAACGCAAGAAGAACUACCCCGAUCCAUUGGAGGUGGUGAACAAAUAUGGUGCCGAUGCUCUUCGUUUGUAUCUCAUCAAUUCGCCAGUUGUACGAGCCGAGAAUUUGCGCUUCAAAGAGGAAGGUGUACGUGAUAUUAUCAAAGAUGUCUUUUUGCCCUGGUAUAACGCGUAUCGAUUCUUAUUCCAAAAUAUUUACCGCUAUGUAAAAGAUGAAUCAACUGCCAAUAAUCAGUUCCAAUUUGAUUCAACGGUCGUUGCCGGCGCCACCAAUAUAAUGGACGUUUGGAUUCGUUCGUUUAAAGAGUCACUUGUUGAGUUUGUUGCAAAGGAAAUGAAAGCAUAUCGAUUGUACACAGUUGUGCCACGUCUCACCAAAUUCAUCGACCACCUCACCAACUGGUAUGUUCGUUUGAAUCGUCGCCGUAUCAAGGGAGAAGAUGGUCUUAAGGAUUGUGUUGCAUCGUUGAAUGUUUUGUUUGAUGUUCUGGAUACAAUGGUUAAAAUGAUGGCUCCAUUCACACCAUACCUUUCGGAAUUCAUGUACCAACGAUUGUCGCGAUUGAAUACACCCAAUGAAGUGUCGCCAAAAAUACCAUCGUCACCGAUCAGCGGUGGCGGCAAAGGAAAGAAGAACUCUGUGGCAAAGACUGCAUCGUUCGAUGGCAGUGUGCAUUUGGAAAUGAUGCCCAAACCAAAUCGCGCCUACAUCCAGACAACUGUUGAAACGGCUGUGAGUCGCAUGCAAAAUGUCAUUGAAUUGGGUCGAGUUUUGCGUGAUCGCAAGACAAUGCCAAUCAAAUAUCCCGUUCCAAGUGUGAUUGUAAUCCACAAGAAUGAGCAGUAUCUCAAGGAUAUCCAAGCGCUCGAAUCAUUCGUUUUGGGUGAGCUAAAUGCACGUCAAUUGAUCACAUGCGCCGAUAAAACACGGUAUGGCGUCAAACUGCGCGCCGAACCCGAUCACAAAACAUUGGGUUUGCGAUUGAAGGGUGAUUUUAAAGCGGUUAUGGCUGCCAUCAAGCAAUUGACCGAUGAUCAAAUCCAAGCCAACCUUGACAAAGGCUAUUUCGAAAUAUUAAAACAUCGCAUCGAAUUGGAAGAAGUGCGCAUCAUCUAUGCAAUGGACGAAAAUACAGACUCGAAAUAUGAAGCACAUAGCGACAAUGAUGUUUUGGUAUUGAUGGAUUUAACACCGACCGAAGAAUUACUCUUUGAAGGUGUUGCUCGUGAAAUCAUCAAUCGUAUUCAAAAGCUUAAGAAAAAAUCACAAUUGAUUCCAACUGACCCGGUUAUUAUUUACUACGAAAUAUCCGAUACAAAUAGCGAUUUGAGUAAAGUGGCCAAAUCACAUCAAGAGUUCAUCGAAGGUGUCAUUAAAUCACCGUUUUUGCCACUUGAUGCGGUCAAAAUAGCCAGUGAAGCCUCAACACGUAGUUUCGUUCAUGAGGAAUGUGAUGUUAAGGGAGUCACAUUCAAAAUCACCAUUAGCAUGGAAAAGAAAGUGGCCAACGCUGCUGCUGCAGCCGUCGCUGCCACUGCUAUGAAAUCAACUGCUGGCCCAGCAAUAAAACCUGUAGCACGUUGGUUGAACGUCGUCACGAAAAUUCAACCGCGUUACUGCUCAACCAGUGCAACUAACCUUGGCACAGUUCUCAUUGAUGAUCCCAAUAAAAAGCCAUUAACUCUCCAUCAACUACGAAACGAAAUCGAGCAAUUAUUUGGGCUGUAUCACAUGAAUUUGUUCUUUGCAUGCAACGGAAAGCCGCUUGAUUUAUCGUCCACGAUUGAUACAGCCGAAAAACUUAACGGUGAAACGGUGUUCGUGUCAAGCCAACCUGGAUACAUCGAAACAGAUAAGAAACUAUUAGCCAUGGCUAAAGUACCAUUUGUGAAAUUUUCCAACGUUACAAUUGACGGUUUGCCAAGAACGCUAUUACUGGAAAAUCCAAAAGGUGAACUGUUAUAGAGGUGAGAAUGUUAAUGUGUUUAAAUAAAAUUCUUUAACGAGAAAAAAAAUAUUUAAAUCGAAAGAAGAAGGAAAAAAAAAAAACGAAUGAAAUUUCAACUAUUCUUAAAACAAUUACACACACUUAAAUCCUCAAAAAAUGCUAUUCAAAAUUAGAUUGAUUGUUUUUUAUUUCUGUCUGAAAAAUACUUUUUCAUAAAAAAAAUUGAUAUUGUUCGAAAAUGUCAUGCACAUUUCGAACACCCAUAAAAUAUAUCAAAACAUUUCUGUAUUUGGCAAUAAAAUUGCGCCUGUUUUCAAUAAAAUAUCGAUUUUGAGCAAUAAAAA